AUGGCAGACCCCUCAACGUACAACUUCUUCAACAAUCAGGCUUGUUCAGCUCAAAAACCCUUCAGGAAACACUCCCAAAUAGCUUCACCAUCCGCUCCUCCCAGGCUUUUCCAAUGCCUCUACUGUCACAGGAAAUUCUACACUUCCCAAGCUCUCGGCGGUCACCAAAACGCUCACAAGCGUGAACGCGCCGCCUCUCAGAGGAAGUUCCCCGGUGGCGGUGACCAAGAUAACCUGCAGUCCCAACCAUAUAACCUUCAUCUACAGGUUAACAACCCUUACCCCUCCACCUUCCCUACUGAACCACCGCCGAUGGGCUACCCUGGUGGUGGGGCUCAACAGUGGCUCCAUCCCUUCCAUCCUCACCUCCCUCCUGCCGGCAUCGUUCCUCAUCAGGGGUUCAGUGGCGUUUCUUCCCAUAAGACUUUGUCUCCGACCACUGAUGAUGCUUAUGACUCCGCCGGAGUAGAUGUUGACCUCACUCUCCGUUUAUAA